UUUCUCGAAAAGUAAUAACACUUCGCACUGAUACGUUUUUGAGAUUGUAAAGCUAGUUUAUUUUUAAGUUCGACGAAAUGGUGAACUGCUGUGUUCCUGGAUGUACCAAUUACUCUGCUAAGACAACAAAUGUGAGCUUCCAUAAGAUUCCACCGGACAAACAGCGGAGGAAAGCAUGGCUGGAGAGAAUUCGUCGCUUGAAUAUGCCGCUCUUACAAUACAGCUAUGUCUGUAGUGAUCACUUCUCGGCAAGCUGUUUCCAGUCGAAUCUUCAAGCAAAGAUCACUGGGCAAAGGUAUAAACGGCGGCUAAAGGAGGAUGCUGUGCCUUCUAUAUUUGACUAUGCUUCACAAUCUACUAAAAAGAGACCCCGAUUGUCAAGCGAAAAUCGCCGCGAUCGACGAAUGCAACAAGAAGAUGUCGCGGAAUUACUGGCCGCUGCAAACGAUCAGAAUGCUUCCACAGAAGGAGUAGUAAGUAAUGAGGAAGUUGUUAUUUCUGAAAAUUCAGAAUUCUUCUCUUGGAGUCCAACGAAGUGCGAUGUUGGAAUUCAGUGCUGUCUUCAACCUCUUACCCACAAAAGUAAGGCAAUACAAACAGAGUUUGAAGAUGUUGCCAUGACUACUAGAGCUAGGACUAAGUCUCCCCCUCCGACCCAGGCAAAUGCAACCGAAAAAGUUUUCCUACCGACAGAUGAAACUACAACUGGCAUUUUUCCUCUUUCAAAAACUUCACUCAUUAAUGCUGAAGGAUGGAAAGUUAACAAUGAUCAUAAUUAUGCUAUGCAUGCUCCCCCAUAUGAACUCUUUCCUACUUAUGAAGAUGACAGUUUCAGUGUUACCUCACAGCCCCCUCUGCCUGAGGUGGAAGUUGUGAUACCUAACACUGUUACUGAAGGGAAUGAGACGGAUAAAAGUGAGGAUGACAAUGAUUACGAGGAUGAUUACUUCAAGGACCCAAAUUGGCAUUUGCCACCAAAUGUAAAUAGUUUCACCAGAGAGGAUGUCAAGGAUGACACAUUAUUUGAAGAAGAAUCCAAGAGAGACUACAUUACCCCUGACUCUGAAAAGAAAUCUGUUGUCUUUGAGUCAUCCAUACAUAAAUUGCUGAAAAGGUGCCCCAGUUGUGGAGAUAUAAUAAUCGAUUGUGAAAGGAAAACAACUGGUAGCAUGUUGUCAGUUCAAUUGACUUGUAACAGUGGCCAUACAGUAAAGUGGGAUUCACAAACAGUAGUGAAAGGAAACCCCUAGGAAAUCUAUUGUUGUCUGCUGCUAUUUUGUUACAGGAAUACUUUUACUGCAAUCAGCCAGUGGGCAUCAUGCUUUAAUCUUCAAUUUUUCAGUGAAAGUG